AUGCGCAGGAAGGCUGCGGCUGACCGCGCCGAGAAGACCGCGAACCUGCGACCAAGCAGCACAAGGGCGGCAGGUGCUGGCGGCAGCUCAAGCACUAUGCUGAGGCUAUACACCGAUGAGUCCCCCGGUCUAAAGGUCGACCCUGUCGUGGUCAUGACCCUGUCCGUUGUCUUCAUCUUCAGCGUUGUCGCUCUUCACGUCAUCGCCAAGGUCAUGCGCCGAUUUUCCGCAUAA